AACCUUGGCCGGACUGUCGGGACUGCGACGUCACGACAAAAAGUGCCUGUAGCUAGUUCGCUAGCUGCAUUGUGCUCGUGUGAUUUAACGCUAGCUAACUGUAGCUGGCUGACUAGCUAGUUACAGUGCUAGCAAACUUCUGCUGGUCUUUUAUAUAUGUUGUGCUCUUCCUAAAAGGACAUAUGGGAUUUAAUAACCGCGACAAAUGACUGGAAACCCCACCACUUGGUAGCUAUUCUUGAAGGAGGGGUGCUAGCUAGCUACUUUUUACAGGUGGAAACAGACGAAACCGAGGCAAGAAACUGACAUUGUGGCUAGUUGGCUUGCCGAGCUCGCCGUCUCAUCGACGUCUAGUUAGCAGCUACCCAGCGAAGUAGAUUUAAGGGGAAAAGUAAAUGCACAAAGAGAGUUGUAGGGAUUUCACGCUCCCGGGAUAGUGGUAAGCUGGUUAAAGUAGUUUCGGUAUUGAGACUAAGUUAGCUGCUUGACCUUAGAAGCUACGUCGGCGGGUUAAGUCAGCGGAACACUUGACUUGUACGUACCAGCCGCUAAUUAGCUAUAUAGGGGUCUACUAGCAAACGUAACUCACACCAGUUGUUGUCGGAGCAUUUAAAAACUCAAGAGUGGAGGCUUUCUCUUCGGUGGACUUUUAACAAUGUUGUCCAACGCCCAGAACCAGAACCAGCCGGUGUUCCCGACCCAGCAGCAGCAAACUCUACAGAACCCGGCGCAGUUCUUGCAGUUUCACGUUAAGCCCACAUUGCAAAUAAAGAAGAACGCGAUAACGGACGAUUACAAAGUCACAAGCCAGGUCCUUGGUUUGGGCAUAAAUGGCAAGGUUUUGGAAAUCUUUCAAAAGAAAAACGGAGAAAAAUACGCAUUAAAGAUGCUGCAGGACUGUCCGAAAGCCCGGCGGGAGGUGGAGCUUCACUGGCGGGCGUCGCCCUGCAGCCACAUUGUGCGCAUCGUCGACGUGUACGAGAACCUGUACCAGACCAGGAAGUGCCUGCUCAUCGUCAUGGAGUGCAUGGAUGGAGGAGAGCUCUUCAGUCGCAUUCAGGACCGAGGAGACCAAGCCUUCACUGAAAGAGAGGCCUCCGAUAUCAUGAAGAGUAUAGGCGAGGCCAUCCAGUACCUGCACUCCAUCAACAUCGCACACAGAGAUGUCAAGCCAGAGAAUCUGUUGUAUACCUCUAAACGACCCAACGCCGUCCUCAAAUUAACAGACUUCGGCUUCGCUAAGGAAAUGACUACACAUAACUCACUGGCCACGCCCUGCUACACGCCCUACUACGUGGCUCCAGAGGUUCUUGGGCCAGAAAAGUAUGAUAAAUCCUGUGACAUGUGGUCUUUGGGAGUAAUCAUGUAUAUCCUGCUGUGUGGAUACCCACCUUUCUAUUCCAACCACGGACUGGCCAUUUCUCCAGGGAUGAAGAAGCGCAUUCGGAUGGGACAGUACGAGUUCCCAAACCCAGAGUGGUCAGAUGUCUCAGAGGAAGCCAAGCAGCUGAUCCGUCAUCUGCUGAAGACAGAGCCUACGCAGAGAAUGACCAUCACUGAGUUCACCAAUCACCCCUGGAUUAACCAGUCGAUGGAGGUGCCCCAGACCCCCCUCCACACCAGCCGUGUGCUGAAGGAGGAGAAGGAUGCCUGGGAGGACGUCAAGGAGGAAAUGACCAGCGCACUGGCCACGAUGAGAGUCGAUUACGAGCAAAUCAAAAUCAAGACUAUUGAAGAUUCCUCCAAUCCACUGCUGAUGAAGAGGAGGAAGAAGGCUACCACGGCUGCAGAAACUCCCGCACUCUGAGGGAAACACAUGCAUGUACAGUGCACACACACACGCUCAUUCGCACACAGACAUGCUUAUACACACAAACAUGUGCACACACUUUUGCGUGCACACACACAAACACGCGUUCAUGCACACACACAAGUGCACAUGCUUACUUACGCACGCAAAAACAUGUACAUGCGCACGCACGCACCAUACGCACACAAAUGCGAGGCAGCACAAGGAAGCAAUAACCGUCAUGGUAAAAACAGGUUUUCCUGUCCUACAGUGCAUGCAUUUUCAUAAAAACAAACAAAAAAAAAACUUAAAAAAAAAAAAAAACUGAAAAAUGCUCCAAAAAUAGAUAAAAAUGAUUUUACAUCAUUGAUUUCAUUUUAUUUUUUAGCAACACUUCUUUUUAUUACUCUUUUUAACAAAUCAAGCACUCCUGAAUGUGUUAUGAGCAUUAUAGCGGUGAAGUAUAAACAAGCAAAAUCAAGCACUCCUGAGCGAUGCGAGCGGCAACGUCGAAAUAACGGCAGUGAUUAUGAAAGGCUUAAAGGACAAGAGGGGUAUACAGAAAUGAUAUCGUUUUUAUAAUCGCAGACUGCACUGUUAAUACUUCUAUUUUCAUAUUGUUUUGUGGUCCCAUCACUGUAAAGGGAGAGAAAGUCGUUUCUCUGUUUUUGCCUUUUUAAACCGCUCUGCUCGUAGCGCUUCAACGGACCUCUCUGUAGAUCUACCAAAGAACCUCUGUAGAACCUUACUGCUUCUUCCAAAUAUAAUCCAUUGUUCUUGUUUUCUUUGUGAAAAGACUAAACCUUCCCGUUCUCGCCUCACCACACAAAAAGAGAAUACACUAUCGAUCCACUCUACUGUAUAUUCCUUUUCAUUAAAAAAGAAUAAUUUUCUGAAUGUACCAGACCCCUCUCGGUUCAGUGCUGUGAAUGCUCUUGCCUUUUCUGCCCAGACUCUGCGUCUGGGGCCAUUAUACAAGCGUACGGCCUGUGCAGCUGCUGCAGGGGACAGUCUGGAUGGGAUGUGUAUUCAUGCAGUGUACUCUGUGCUUUUAGCCCUGUCCUCAGUCAUACAGUGUGCAGUAAACUGUCUUGGGUUGUAGGCAUCGUCUAGAGGAGAUGUGAAUGUCACAACUUUUUAAUUGCUUUUCUUUUUACGUUUAUAUGUACCAAGUUGUGUGAGCGGAGUCUCACUGGGGUGUAGCCAUGCCAUGUUACACUUUGAGUAAUAAGAGGUGUUUGUAAAGUGUUGUAUUCUUUUUUUUGUUUUGUUUUGUUUCUUCCUUUUUUUUUUACCCUAGUGACUGAUUUUAGGCUGAAGCCAUUUUGGCCGUAUUUCGCCGUGUGCAAAUUGAUGUUGAAAGAUGUGUUUUGCUUGCUGCGGUGGGGGACGCGAACUCGUGUGGGAUGAGGUUUCUGUGCAAAAUGCACCCAGAGAGAAGCGAUGCUCUUCUCUCUUACCCCGGUGUUCCUAAAGCCCUUGGAAUUGAAUGAUCAGAUGUCCUGAUACCUGGCUAAUUUGCGUUCUGUGUUAAAGAGAGGUCAGAGUCCUUUCUGCUUCAGGAGGGAAGAAACUCCAUUUUGAUGGGUUUAUGUUUUAAAGGAACAGAAAUCUGGCGGUGUUAUUCGUGGCCCGUCACCGGCUCAGUCAUUUCUGGGCGGGAUUCAGAUGAGCUCAGGGGAGGAGGCUGUGAACGUGAGUCUGUGUCUCUCAGUGUGUAGUUGUGUACUGUGCUGUAAUAAACAUACAGGCGCCGCUGGU